UCCCAGGCUGCCAAACUCCUGGAAAUCCCGGUCAUCAUUACGGAGCAGUAUCCCCGGGGGCUGGGAGCCACGGUCCCGGAGUUGGGAGCCGAGGGCAUCCGGAAGUUUGAGAAGACCAGUUUCAGCAUGCUGACUGAAGAGGUGGAGAAGGAACUGCGCUCCCUGCCCAGUCUGAAGGCAGUCAUCCUGUGUGGCAUCGAGACCCAGGCCUGCAUCAUGAGCACUGCGUUAGACCUACUGGAGCGGGGACUGGAUGUACACGUGGUGGCAGAUGCGUGUUCCUCUC